CCGGCCGAUCAUCUGCUGCUCUUUCUGUAUCUGUACUCUAAUCCGCCCUGGACACUACUGAUUGCAUAUGUUAUGUGAAGUGUCCUUGCAAAAUACAAACAGGUUUCCGCCUUCUUUUUUCUGAUCCUCAUCAGACCACCAAAACGCAAACCGUUCCCAGAGUACCAACCAACUCGGGAGGAACCAACUAAAACAAUCUGUUAGUAACUAAACAAUUUGUUAGGAAGGAGGGUCGUUUGUGUACGAUGACGGGUGAUGAAGAGAGUGGUUCCCCGCUCAGCGGCCAUCCAAAUACCAACCAGCUGCCCGCAGCCGCAACAACCCAGGGACAGAUCCACGCUACUACUGCUGCUGCAGCAAAUGGCGAUCUGGUGGCCACUACUCAGCAGCACAAGGAGGAGCCCACCACUACCACUACCACCACCAAUACCGUUCCCUUUCUUAAGCUUUUCUCCUUUGCCGAUUCUACCGACAUGUUCUUGAUGAUCAUUGGAACCAUUGGUGCCAUUGGCAAUGGCUUGUGCCUUCCCCUCAUGACUGUCUUCUUCGGAGAAUUGACAGACUCUUUCGGACAAACCCCGAAUACCAAAGAUGUCGUCCGGGUGGUUUCUAAGGUUUCUCUCAAAUUCGUCUAUUUGGCUUUGGGAUCUGCUGUCGCUGGGUUCCUCCAGGUGAGUUGUUGGAUGAUCACCGGUGAGAGACAGGCUGCUCGCAUAAGGAGCCUUUACUUAAAAACUAUUUUGCGCCAAGAUGUCGGAUUCUUUGACAAGGAAACCAACACUGGAGAAGUUGUUGGCCGGAUGUCUGGGGACACCGUUCUCAUACAAGAUGCUAUGGGUGAAAAGGUUGGCAAGUUCAUACAGCUCGUGUCUACGUUUAUUGGAGGUUUUGUCAUUGCCUUUGCCAAGGGGUGGCUUCUUACCCUCGUCAUGUUAUCUUCUAUUCCUCCACUUGUCAUUGCUGGAGGACUUAUGUCCCUUGUCAUUUCCCGAAUGGCUUCCCAUGGACAAGAAGCUUAUGCCAAGGCUGCAAUUGUAGUUGAGCAGACUAUUGGCUCCAUCAGAACAGUUGCGUCGUUCACAGGGGAAAAGCAAGCUGUGGCCGACUACGACAAGUCCCUGACAAAAGCUUACAGAUCAGGAGUACACGAGGGGCUGGCUACCGGCCUAGGUCUAGGAUCAGUCAUGUGUCUUGUGUUCUGCAGUUACGCUUUGGCUAUCUGGUUUGGUGCAAAGAUGAUUGCAGAAAAAAAGAAUACAGGAGGUGAAGUGCUUAAUGUAAUCAUUGCAGUGUUAUCUGGUUCCAUGUCCUUGGGACAAGCAUCGCCCUGCAUGACUGCAUUUGCUUCAGGUCGUGCUGCAGCCUUCAAGAUGUUUGAGACAAUAAACAGAACACCCGAGAUAGAUGCAUAUGAUGCUAGUGGAAAGACACUGGACGAUAUUCGCGGAGAUAUCGAGUUAAAGGAUGUAUAUUUCAGCUACCCUGCCAGACCGGAUGAACAAAUUUUCAGUGGAUUAUCAGUAUUCAUACCUAGUGGCCAUACUGCAGCAUUGGUUGGGCAAAGCGGAAGUGGCAAGUCAACUGUGAUUAGUUUGAUCGAGAGAUUCUAUGAUCCACAGGCUGGUGAAGUUCUAAUUGAUGGAACUAAUCUUAAGGACUUCCAGCUCAAAUGGAUCAGGGAAAAGAUAGGUCUUGUCAGCCAAGAACCUGUGCUUUUCACUGCCAGCAUUAAGGACAAUAUUGCUUAUAGCAAGGAAAGAGUGACAAUUGAACAAAUUAGAGCUGCAGCUGAGUUGGCCAAUGCUGCUAAAUUUAUUGAUAAGCUACCCAAGGGAUUAGACACCAUGGUCGGAGAGCACGGAACUCAGCUUUCUGGGGGACAAAAGCAAAGAAUUGCCAUAGCUAGAGCAAUUUUAAAAGAUCCACGAAUUUUACUUCUAGAUGAAGCAACUAGUGCCCUAGAUGCAGAAUCUGAAAGAAUAGUACAAGAGGCAUUGGACAGAAUCAUGGUAAAUAGAACAACUGUCAUUGUUGCACACCGUCUGAGCACGGUGAGAAAUGCUGACAUGAUUGCAGUCAUUCACCGGGGAAAGAUUAUUGAGAAAGGUACGCAUUCUGAACUAACUAAUGAUCCCGAAGGAGCUUACAGUCAGCUUAUACGCUUGCAAGACAUGAAUAGAGAUACAGAAGAAUAUAUUGAAGAAAAAGACAAAUCUGAUAUCACCAUAGAAUCUAGUAGACAGUCAAGCCAAAGAAUGUCACUCAAACGUUCCAUCAGUCGUGGAUCUUCUGUAGGAAAUAGCAGCAGACGGUCAAUCACUGUCUCAUUUGGUUUACCUACUGGACUAACUAUGUCUGAACAUACAGUGGCAGAACCUGAUGUCAAUACGCAGGAUAUCACAAGUAAGCCUUCAAAAGUCUCAAUGCGCCGCCUUGCUUCCCUUAACAAGCCUGAGAUACCGGUGAUCUUUGUUGGAGUAAUAGCUGCAGUUGCUAAUGGCGCAAUAUUACCUACUUUUGGAAUCUUAAUAUCUAGCGUGAUCAAAGCAUUUUAUAAGUCACCUCAUGAAUUAAAGAAGGAUUCACGAUUUUGGGCGUUAAUAUUUAUGGCUCUUGGAGUGGCAUCAUUACUAGCAUACCCAUCAAGAACGUACCUUUUUGGCGUGGCUGGAUGCAAACUGAUCAGACGAAUUAGAUCUAUGUGCUUUGAGAAGGUGGUUCAUAUGGAGGUUGGUUGGUUUGAUGAGUCUGAGCACUCAAGUGGAGUUAUUGGCGCAAAGCUCUCUGCUGAUGCAGCUAGUGUGCGUGCAUUAGUUGGAGAUGCACUGGCGCAGUUGGUUCAAGACACUUCCUCAACAAUAGUUGGUUUGGCUAUUGCUUUUGAUGCAAGUUGGCAACUGGCACUUAUUAUUCUUGCUAUGUUACCUUUGAUAGGAUUGAAUGGAUAUGUACAAAUCAAGUUCAUGAAAGGGUUUAGUGCAGAUGCAAAGAUGAUGUAUGAGGAAGCAAGUCAAGUUGCUAAUGAUGCAGUUGGAAGUAUAAGAACGGUUGCUUCAUUUUGUGCUGAAGAGAAGGUGAUGGAAUUAUACAAGAAGAAAUGUGAAGGACCAAUGAAAACAGGGAUUAGGCAAGGUUUGAUUAGUGGAAUUGGUUUUGGUUUAUCAUUCGCAUUGCUUUUCUGUGUUUAUGCCACCAGUUUCUAUGCUGGAGCCCGUCUUGUGGAGGAUGGUAAAAUAACAUUCUCAGAUGUUUUCCGUGUUUUCUUUGCUCUAACAAUGGCAGCGAUGGCAAUCUCUCAAUCUAGCUCAAUUGCACCGGACUCAAGCAAAGCCAAGGGUGCUGCAGCUUCAAUAUUUGCAAUACUUGACAGGAAAUCAAAGAUUGACGCAAGCGAUGAGUCUGGAAUGACCCUAGAGAGUGUGAAUGGCGAAAUUGAGUUGCAACGUGUAAGCUUCAGGUAUCCAAGCAGACCAGACGUUCAGAUAUUCCGAGACCUGUCCUUGAAGAUUCGCAGUGGCAAGACGGUUGCUCUAGUUGGAGAGAGUGGAAGUGGGAAAUCCACAGUGAUCUCGUUGUUGCAAAGAUUUUACGAUCCCGAUUCAGGUCAUAUUACAUUGGAUGGGAUUGAGAUUCAAAAAUUCCAAGUGAAAUGGCUAAGACGGCAAAUGGGCCUUGUGAGCCAAGAACCCGUGCUGUUUAAUGAUACAAUCCGAGCCAACAUAGCAUACGGGAAGGAAGGGAAUGCGACGGAAGGAGAAAUCAUAGAAGCAGCAAAGUUGGCAAAUGCGCAUAAGUUCGUCAGUGGGUUGCAACAGGGAUACGAAACAAUAGUCGGAGAGCGUGGAGUCCAACUGUCGGGCGGACAAAAGCAGCGGGUGGCCAUCGCACGGGCCAUAGUAAAAGGUCCAAAGGUGGUGUUGCUGGACGAGGCAACCAGCGCAUUGGAUGCUGAAUCAGAAAGAAUAGUUCAAGAUGCACUGGAUCAAGUAAUGGUGAGUCGGACAACGGUGGUAGUAGCGCACAGGUUAUCAACAAUUAAGGGAGCAGACGUGAUUGCAGUGGUAAAAAAUGGAGUGAUCGUGGAGAAGGGAAAGCAUGACGCUCUGGUCAACAUUAAAGAUGGUGUUUAUGCCUCCUUAGUCGCACUUCACAUGAAUGCCAAUGCCAAUGCCAAUGCUCCUGCUGCUUCUUCUUCUUCUUCUUCAUGACCUUAAAGAAUACUCUACUUUGCUGCCGGAUCGCUAGUUUUUUGCUGCCGGAUCGCUAGUUUUGUUUCCUGGAGUCGUAUGUAUUCAACGCCACAGAUUAAUCAUAUCCAACCCUGCGGGCUGAAUAGCGCACAGCUUAGCUUAGCUAUUCUUUAUUUCUUGUACCAUCUUCAGCUUGUACGCAUAAAUCUGAUCAGCAUUCAAUGUAAGAUUAUUGUAAACCUGGCACAAAAUGACCAUGGAACAUCUAAUGGAUCUGUUUUAGAAUUUACA